UUGAGUAUCUAUCUGUAAAAUAUUAAUCAUAAGAUAUUUUAUAUUUAAACGUUUAUUUACAAUUUAGAAUUUUGUGAAAUCUUAAGAAAUGUAUAAUGGAAUCGGUCUACAAACUCCUCGAGGUUCUGGCACGAAUGGACAUGUUCAAAGAAAUUGGGCUUUUGUUCGACCUGGGAAAAAAGAUAAUUUAACAUAUAAAGCUGAAACAGACACAGCUAAGUUGGAUGCAAUGAUAAAUAAACCACCAAAUCAAGAAAUUUUGGAUCAUGCCAGAAAACGUGCGAUGGAAGUUAAAUGUGUUGAAUUCGCUGAAUUACUUGAAAAGCAAGGUUAUUCUGAAGAAGAAGUACUUCUAAAGGUUAAUGCAUACCGACAAAAAUUAAUUGAAAAUGAAGAAAAACAAAAUCAUAAAAAACGAAAAUAUGAGAGAGACGAUUUAAAGGAAACUCAUCAAAUUGCUGAAGCUCAACAAGAAAAAAAUGCAAAAUUACGAGAGGCUUUUGGAAUAUCUAGCGAUAAAGAAGGAUCUAGUUUUGACAGAAGCAGCAGAAUUGAGGAAAAAUUGAACUCUAGCGUUAAGGUGCCUAGGCGCGAAAUAGAGGAUCAAAGUAAAACCCAACCUAAUAAAAAAUAUGCCAUUCUGCGAACUCCAUCAAGAGAAAGAUCUGUUGAAUCCAUCAAAUCAAAAAAACAAAAGAAAAAAAAAGAAAUCAAAAAGAAGAAAAAAAGGUCUAGAUCAAGCUCUUCGUCCUCGUCUUCAUCCUCGUCAUCUUCCUCUUCAUCCUCUUCUUCCUCAUCCUCUUCGUCUUCAUUUGCGUCUCCAUCUUCAGUUUCUUCAUCUUCAAGGUCAUCUCAUGAAAGAAAUUCGAAAAAAUCAGCAAAAAGAGGUAAAAACAAUUCGAAUUCGUACAAAUCUGAAAAAAGUUCGUCGAGUAAAAAAAAAAUAAUGAAAAGAAAUAGAAAUCGAAAGAGAUCUUCAAGUUCAAGCUCAAGCUCAGAAGAAGAUUCACCACGACGGAAGUCGUCAAAAAGUAAAAAACGAACCAAAAGUAAAUAAUCUAUAAGUUUUUUAAAUGGUGGAAAACUUAUACUU